GUCAUCCCUCCAAGACCUCCACGGUACGGAGAGACAGCGGAGAUCAAUCCGCUAAGAUGUUCAUUUGGACCAGCGGCCGGAGCUCCACGUCGUACAGGCAUGACGAGAGAAGAAAUAUUUACCAAAAAAUCAGGGAUCAUGAUCUACUGGACAAAAGGAAAACAGUCACCGCUCUGAAAGCAGGAGAAGACCGGGCCAUACUCCUCGGACUGACGAUGAUGGUGUGUUCCAUUAUGAUGUACUUCCUCCUGGGAAUCACGCUGCUGAGGUCAUACAUGCAGAGUGUUUGGACAGAAGAGACACAAUGUACACUCCUCAAUGCCUCCAUCACAGAAACCUUCAACUGCUCGUUCAACUGCGGUCCGGACUGCUGGAAGCAUUCUCAGUACCCCUGCCUGCAAGUGUACGUCAAUGUAACGACUUUGGGACAGAAGUAUCUACUAUACCACACAGAGGAGACAAUGAAAAUUAAUUCUGAGUGCUCCUACAUACCCAGAUGCGGCAAGAACUUUGAGGAGUCUCUGUCUCUUGUGAAUGUCGUCAUGGAAAACUUCAAGAAGUACCAGCACUUUUCGUGUUUUUACGACCCAGACGGGGUCCAGAAGAAUGUGCUGCUAACCAAACUUUACAGUUCCAACGUUCUGUUCCACUCACUCUUUUGGCCAUCGUGUAUGAUGGUGGGAGGACUCGUUAUCGUUGCCAUGGUCAAACUGACCCAGUACUUGUCCCUCCUCUGCGAGAGGAUCCAGCGGAUCAGCAGAUAG